AUGUCAGCUGUGUCGCAAGUGAAAAAAAAUCUUUUUGAGACAUGCUGCCGGCUGUGUUUGGCCACUAGCAAUGAUCGCACCCUCAUCGAUGUGUUUACGGUCAACAAUCUGAGCACGAUCAUUAGAGACAUGUUUAACAUCAAUAUUACUCCCGUUGAUAAGUGCACAACAAGAAUCUGCACUACAUGUUUGGCUGACACUUAUGACUUCAACAGAAAAAACAAUAAAUAUCUUCAGGAAAAGUCUCGUGUUCUCAAGAACUUUGAGUUGUUGAGUCGUAAACCAGGUGAAAACCUUGACAUUCCAAGCACUUCCGUCGGCAUAAUGAAUCGUCAACAGAGCACGUAUGGUGUCAUACGUGUGUGCAGGGAUCUGUUCGAAAGUGUUGAGUUUGCAGCCAUACGAAAUGAUUUGAUGAUCCGAAAUCCGUUACCAGUUGAUGACAAUUCCGCUGUUUCGAAUAAUGGAGCUAACAGUCGUCCAUCGGGUCCAUCGCCAGCCAUGGUCUGA